AUGGACGCCGACGACCCUCCCGCCACCACCUCCUCCUCUGACGACGACACGUUCUUCGACGCCCUUGACUCGCUCCCCUCCCCUUCGCCUUCGCCUUCGCCUCCCCCUUCCCCUUCCGCUCCCCCUCCCCACACCCCCUCCUCCUCCACGCUCCGCCGCCGCCCGCACCGCGCAAAAAUUCUAAAGCAGCCCGACUCCAUCCUCUCCCCUCCUCCCUCGGCCUCCGCAGCCACCUCCACCUUGACCGCCGUCGAGGACGAGCCUCUCAAGCCGGAUUCCUCCGAGGCCACCAGCGCCGCCCCCCGCACUGUCCCCGCAUCCGAGGUGGAGGAGGAGGAGGAAGAGGACCACAAUAAGGCCACGGAUGCAGAUGCGGAUGUUGAGGCGGAGGCGCGUGCUCCUACGCCGACGCCGUCGCCGGCCCCGAGCAUACUCGAGUACCUCGCCGUGCUCGUCAUUAAGGCAGUGGUCUUCCAGGUCAGCGCGCUCAUCAGCUGCCUCGCGUUCCCGGUUCGUCUGCUGCAAUGGUGGUUCCUCUUCGUGACCGACCCGCUCGGUCUGGCCCGACGCGCGAGGGCGUGGGCGCUCGGUGUGGCUGGGGACGCCGUGGGCACUCUGACCGCACGUCUCGGAGGAGGGGAGGGUGUGGGGAAGGUGGCGCAGAGGAUUGUGUGGGGGUCGCUCUGGGCUGCAUAUGUCUGCGUGGUUCUGUGUGCACUGCUGAUUAUGGCAUUCGUGGGAGGGGGGCUCUUGGUGGGAAGAAUUGUUGAAGAACCUGUUCAAGUGACGGAGACCCUGAAUUUUGAUUACACCAAACCUAGCCCAAUGGCGCUUGUGCCGGUGCCGCGGUUGGUGCCCCCGAAUCAGCGGAUGCAGCUUGAGGUAUCGCUGACACUGCCAGAGUCUGAUUACAACCGGAGGCUUGGUGUUUUCCAGGUAAAGGCAGAGUUUCUCUCUGCUGAUGGCAAAGUGAUCUCAACUUCAAGUCAACCAUGCAUGCUCAAGUUCAAGAGCGUACACAUGCACUUCAUAGAGACUUUUCUCCAAAGCGUUUCUCUUUUGUCCGGCUACUCAUCGGAAUCUCAGGUUAUUAGACUGAAGAUGAGGGGUAUCGCCCAAGGUUUGGAACCUACAACUGCGGCACCAAGCAGCAAAUCUUUGCAACCCCAUAAAAUGCACCUCCGUUUUCACACGCUUGUGAGGAGAGAGGUCACUGCCGAAACAAAAGGCCACAGAAGGAUGUGGGACUGUGAACGUGUCGGCGUGGACGAUGGAGGGAUGGAGCAGAGCAAGGAAUGGGAGGCGUCGGGGAGGAUACCAUCACGCCAUUCCCUUGGCAAACUUGAGCAACAUGACACUGGAUUUAGCAGAGCUGCGAUGUGGAUGGGUCUGUUUGGUUGA